AUGUCCUCACGAGCGGCCGCACACAAUGCCUCCUCACCCAUUCAUCGACUCCCACCAGAACUACUCGGGCCUAUCCUUUGCGAUGCUCAGCAGCGCCUUCAGGACAUCUACUUUGCCCACGUUUGCCGUCACUGGCGCCUGCUUCUGCUCGCCACGCCCGAGUACUGGGUGUCUACACUGGAAACACUCCAGAUCGCGCCUUACACGCCCGUUGGCCUGGUCAUGCACUGUCUCAACCUAUCAUCCCCCCGCCCAAUCAAACUGCAGGUGAUAUUCAUGGGGCAGACCCAGUGCAGACUGCUUGCACCUCACGCGUCACGCAUUGUGCAGCUGUCGAUACUCGGAUUCGUGGGCGAAGCUGCUGUGCAGGCUUUCGAAGGCCUCCUCAAUGACGGUCUGCCGGCCCUCUCAGAUAUUCGGUACGAUUGCGACGUUCCCUUCCUCGCCGCAACGCGGACGGUAGUGCAUCCGCUAUCGGACUUUCCGCUCCCGGCACUCCGCCACCUGGAAAUCCUAUCCUCAUUCCCGCUUCACAUGUGCGCAACAUCAACACUGAAGCACCUGAUUGUGAACGUGGAAGGGCCAGUGUGCGACGCGCACCGCUUCCGCGACACACUGAGCCGCUGCCGAUUCCUGAAAACCCUCGCUUUCCGGCCCGAUGAUCCCAAAGAGCCCAUUUCUGCACCCACCGGGCUCAACGAGCGUCCGCCACAGGACAAGAUGCCCCGCCUCCACCGCCUCUCCGUCGCCGGCUCCGCGGGGUACAUGACCGACAUGCUCGCGCACCUCAACAUGCCCCCGCCCGACAGCCUCCGCCUCCGCGCCACCCUCCCGCGCGUAGACCUCCGUGCUGUCCUGGCGUCCCCGACCGUCGCCGCGUGGAACAUCGUCCCCGCGCUCACACGUCUCUACGUGGGGCGCACGUUCCACACCGGGCGCAUACACAUAAUCGGGUACGCGCACGCGCCCAAGACGGCGGACAAGCACCGGGAACGGGAGCGGGAGCGCCUCGACAUCGCGCUGUGGAGCAACUGGGCAGAGGACGACGCGCCCGUGCAGGUCCUGCGGGCGUUCACGGGCCCGGAAUCGGAGGUUGCGGCGCUCGCGGUGGCCCUCCCGCGUCUCCCGCCCUCGCUGGAGCGCAGCGCGUGGGGCCGGCCCUGGGCGGGCUCGACGGGGGACGUGGGCUCGGGCACGUUCGAGCUGCCGCGUGCGCUCAGGCGGCUGGAGCUGCUUGGGGGUAUGUCGGACUCGGUGAAGGUGCGCUUUGCGCGGGGGUUCGUGCGCGCCUCGGAGGGGGUGGAUAGACCGCCAUCGCGCGAACUCACGCUCUGCUGGGUGCUUGAUGUCGCGCGUGGGUUUGCGUGUGAGGAACGUGCGGUGAAUGAGCUGGGGAGACUGGGGAGGCUGCUCGAGGAGUUCGACAGUGAGGGAUGUCGGCUUGGUCGGCUGGAGCUGUAUGGUACCCUGCAGAGCUGGGUCAUCGCUACGCGGGUUGGCGAGGUGAGUACGGACGCUCGGCGUUGUGCAGAGGUUGCUGGACCUUUCCUCUCCCGCUUUGAAGAGUUGGUCGACAGGGUGGUCCUUGUAUAG